AUGACUGAAAGAUUGAAUAGUUCUAAAUUGGGUACUAAAGAUUAUUGGAACGAAUUUUAUCAAAAAGAAAUAGAGAAUUUUAAUGAAAAUGAUGAAGAUUUAGGUGAAUGUUGGUUUAAUGAUUCAAAUGCAGAAGAUAAAAUGAUACAAUAUAUAAUUGAAUAUAUAGAAGAUAAUCAACUAGAGAAGGUUAAUUUUUUAGAUUUAGGAACUGGUAAUGGUCAUUUAUUAUUUCAAUUAUAUGAAGAUUUAAAAGAGGAAGAAGUAGAUGUGGAAAAUUUCAAAUUUACCGGCAUUGAUUAUUCACCCGACUCCGUCAAAUUUUCAUCAGAAAUUGCAAAUAAGAAGUAUCCUAAUAUUGAUUGUUUUAAAUUUGAGCAAGUAGAUCUAUUAACUGAAAAUUAUACUGGCAAAUAUGACAUUUUAUUAGAUAAGGGAACAUUAGAUGCAAUUGCCCUUAAUCAAACACCAAUAAUUAAUAAUAAAAUAGGAAUGGAAUUAUAUCCUUCCAAAAUUGAAUCAUUGGUGAAUGAAAAUUCCAUUUUUUUAAUAACUUCAUGUAAUUUUACAAAAGAUGAACUCAUAAAUAUCAUAACAUCAAAUUCAAACUUAAAAUAUCUGGAUGAAUUAACAUAUCCUAGUUUUCAAUUUGGAGGGAUAA